GGGAAUCUUCGCAAACCGAAGAUGAGGUUCCAUUUGCUGAACAAGUUCACACUGAUGUUCCUGCUUCUGAUCACCUCAACUCCAGUUCUUCAGGCUUCUUCCAACGACAGUGACAAUGAGCCCACCCAUGAUCACGAGCCAUUUGUCUACUUGGUUGGACGCAAGAAGCUACUGAAAGCCCAGUACGGUUGCUAUGACAGGAUCCAGGAGAUGCCCCCUUAUGAUGGAGAAGGCCCAUAUUGCAACCGUACCUGGGAUGGAUGGCUGUGCUGGGACGACACUCCCGCCGGAGUCACAGCCUAUCAGCACUGCCCAGACUACUUCCCGGACUUUGACACAGCAGAAAUGGUUUCCAAAUACUGUGAUGAAAAUGGAGAAUGGUUUAGACACCCUGACAGCAAUCGAACCUGGUCCAACUAUACUCUGUGUAAUGCUUUCACUACUGAGAAACUGAACAAUGCAUAUGUCCUGUACUACCUGGCUCUUGUGGGGCACUCUCUGUCGAUUGCUGCUUUAGUUGCUUCCAUGGCGAUUUUCCUGUAUUUCAAGAACCUUGCGUGCCAUAGGGUGACACUGCACAAGAAUAUGUUUGUGACUUACAUUCUGAACUCUAUCGUUAUCAUCAUCCACCUGGUUGAGGUCGUGCCCAAUGGCGAUCUGGUGCGACGGGAUCCGAUGCAUAUGUUUCAUCAUAAUACAAAUAUGUGGACAAUGCAGUGGGAACUGUCACCACUCUUACCCCUGAGUGCAAACGAGGGAAAGAUGGACUCUAAUGACAGUCGAGUGAUAAGUUGCAAGAUUCUACACUUCAUCCACCAGUACAUGAUGGCUUGCAACUAUUUCUGGAUGCUCUGUGAGGGAAUCUACCUUCACACUCUCAUCGUCAUGUCUGUGUUCGCUGAGGAUCAUCGCCUGUGGUGGUAUUACCUUCUUGGCUGGGGGUUCCCAAUUGUGCCAACCAUUAUCCAUGCCGUUACUCGUGUUUUCUACUACAAUGACAACUGCUGGCUGAGUGUGAAUACUAACUUGCUUUACAUCAUCCAUGGACCUAUCAUGAUGGCUCUGGUGGUCAAUUUUUUCUUUCUGCUCAACAUCGUCCGAGUGCUUGUGAACAAGAUGAGGCAAACUCAUGAGCCAGAAACCUACAUGUACCUGAAGGCUGUGAAGGCUACCAUGGUCCUUGUGCCCCUGCUGGGUGCCCAGUUUGUUGUGUUUCCCUGGAGGCCUUCCCACAAGGUGUUUGGGAUGAUCUAUGAUUAUGUCAUGCACACUCUGAUUCAUUUCCAGGGGUUCUUUGUUGCGACUAUCUACUGCUUCUGCAACCAUGAGGUGCAAGUUGCCCUGAAGCGCCAGUGGGCGAAGCUGAAGAUCCAGUGGAGACAGCGCUGGGGGAGGCGCCGCCGCCGCCGUACCACCAACCGCAACCGCGUAGUUGCGGCUCCUCGCCAGGCAGCGUUUGUUGAGCAAGGUGAUCUCCCCAUUUACAUCUGCCAUCAGGAACCGAGGAAUCCUCCCAUCAACAACAAUCAAGGCGAAGAGAGUACCGAAAUGAUCCCCAUGAAUGUCAUCCAGCAAGAUCCGUCCGCCGUCCCGGAAGACACAUCUGCUUGAACGUGAAGCUACCCCACGCAUUGUGAACCGCUGAGCCUUCAUUUCCCGGGGGAAAGAUAGACCAUGCAUUUCAAGUGAUCCCCACCCUCCCAGGAGCUCAGCAUUCAUUCGUGAAGAAUUAUUAAGUGAAU